AGGCCGGAAGUGGGCGUUGCCGGGGCCUGGCAGUGAGUCGAAGUCGAAGUCGAAGUCGGCGGUGGGGAGAGCGUCUGAACUGAGCACUUGAACAGGACUCCUUUGCCAUCAGCAUGGAAGACACUUACAUCGACUCCCUGGACCCUGAAAAGUUAUUACAGUGCCCCUAUGAUAAAAAUCACCAGAUCAGGGCCUGCAGGUUUCCUUAUCAUCUCAUCAAGUGCAGAAAGAAUCAUCCUGAUGUUGCAAACAAAUUGGCUACUUGUCCCUUCAAUGCUCGGCACCAGGUUCCCCGGGCUGAAAUCAGUCAUCACAUCUCAAGCUGUGAUGACAAGAGCUGUAUUGAGCAGGAUGUGGUCAACCAAACCAGGAACCUUGGACAAGAGACUCUGGCUGAGAGCACAUGGCAGUGCCCUCCUUGUGAUGAAGACUGGGAUAAAGAUUUGUGGGAACAGACCAGCACCCCAUUUGUUUGGGGCACAGCCAACUUCUGUGGCAACAACAGUCCUGCAAACAACAUAGUUGUGGAACAUAAGAGUAACCUGGCUUCAGGCAUGCGAGUUCCCAAGUCUCUGCCCUAUGUUCUGCCGUGGAAAAAUAAUGGAAAUGCACAGUAACUGAACAUCUUCUCAAAUGCCAGACUAUGGAAGACUCUUGCUUUUUCCUGCUACCCAAGGGUUCUUCUUUUUUCUCUUUAUCUAAUUAUAGAACAGUAAACUGUCUGUGACUUUCAAA